AUUGUGGGAUUUAAAUUUCGCACCUGUUCAAAACAAACUUAAUUCAAAUGAAACAACUCAAGUUUAUACUUAGUACAACCUUUGGUUUGCCGAAGUUAUGGCUGUGGAGAACAGUUCUUUAACACAACGAAAGAAAAAGCUUUUUAAAUCCAAGUUCCAACGGUCGAAUAAUGAAAAAUUGAAAGCCGAAGGAUCCGAAGUUGGGACAGCUAAUACGAAAUUAAACUUCGUAUAUUUUGCAUAUAUCAUCGCCUUUCUUGCUGUUAUUUCAAGUUUGUCCUGGCUAAUUUUAUGUAAAGCACUUUGCAAUGAACUAGAAAUUUGCAAUUCAGAAUUUUUGACAAGUUUUGGAGAAAGGAAGGAAAAUUUAAACAUCGUCAAAGAAAAUUUAAAACCGCAACCACGUGUCCCAAAAGAUGAUGCUUCACUCUGGGUUCUUGAUAGGCGUUCAAACUUAAGUUUAAGUGAAUUCAUUGAGAAAUAUGAUGGCAAAAGACCUGUUAUAAUCACUGAUGUUUUAAAAGAUUGGAAGGCUAGCAAAUGGAACAAGGAGUUUUUUGUAGAAAAUUAUGGAGAUCGGCAAGUUGUUAUGAAAGCUGUACAUGGGAAACUACAUCAAGCUGAAAGCAUAGCUUUGCCAAUGAGGAUAUUUGCUCAACAUUCUCAUGAAGGAAGAUCUAAAACAUGGACAUACUUACAAGAUGAACUAUUUAUUCAGCUUCAUCCAGAGUUGAGAAAAGAUUUAGGUAACCCUAUCUACCUUCGAGAGGAUUUCUUUAAAAUAUUUCCAAAAGAAGUGAGGCCUUGGAAUGCCAUGCUUCUCUGGGGAACUGCUUAUUCAAGAUCCUACUUACAUGUCGAUCCUUACAACUGGACCGGAACAAAUGCUGUUUUCUAUGGAAAGAAACUUUGGAAGUUGUAUCCCCCCGGCCAAGACGAGUACCUUUAUGUGAUGCCGAACAAAAUGUCUGAAUUUCCACUGAAUUGUUUCAAAUACAACAGUCCUAUUGAUGCGUAUGACCCAGAUGUAAAGAAAUAUCCAAAAUUUUUGAAAGCUCGAGAAAUUUCUUUUGAACAAAAACCCGGAGAGCUGCUUAUUAUUCCGCCUGGAUGGUUUCAUCAGGCGUUUAAUGCAGUUGAAACUAUCGCCGUUAGCAGUCAAGUAAUGAAUUCACAGAAUUACGACGUCGUCUUGGAAGAGAUUUUUAAAGCUGGAAAUGUCGAUAGAAAGACCUUACCUGAAGACUUUUACCAACUGCCUCCGAUCGAGCAGAUUGAGAACGCUGUGUAGUUGCCAGUCUUCCUGUUCCUGCAGUCGUCUGUAAACAAAAGUUCCUCGCCCAAAAGUGGAGUCCCGCAAAAUACGGUGAGUUUCUGAAAAGGAAUAGUGUAGUAGCUUUGGCGAGAAGCCCGCGUUUAGACAAAAGAAAUACGAUUACGGUGCAAAAAUGACAUAUGAAUUAUCUCGGCUGUCGUUGAUCCGAAAUUGUUAUGCACGUAUAGCAAGCCGAAAGCUUCCGUUUUCUCAAAAAGGCAAUGCCCUGAAGCGCAUACGGUAUAUUCGUUUGAGAGCUAGGGUUCACCAAAGAUACCUAAAAUUUACAAACAGUAAAGAGCUACUUUAAUACGACGUAUUCCUGUUACGGGUCAUAAUUCAAUUAUUGAUGCGUCGUUCGAUCAGUCUCCCCACCCAGGCGCCUGUUUAAAAUUCUUAAUAAUUUAGCUGUUGUCAAAAUUUGUUUUUAUACCUUAACAUAUCCAGCUGUUUCAUAAGACUCUCGUGUUCCUUCUGCAUUCCCUGA